AAAAAAAGAUAGUUGUGCAAACUAGAAUAUCCUGGUCCACUUCAAACUUCUGAUAGCUUGCCCUUUUCCCUUGAAUUAUUGCCAUUUGCAGACCCCCUGCUUCUUUUUAUAGCAAAGCAGAGGCUACCACAAUAGCACAAACCUUGAGCAAUCCACUCUUCUGCCACUCCUAGAGAGAGAGAGGAGAGAAGAGAGAGAGAGAGAGGAAUGGAGAGAUCACCUGAAGUGGUGCAACAGAAGGCAGCAAACCAAGCUGCUGAGGUUGUUCUUGUCGAUGAUAACACCUCAAAACCAUGGCUAAAGCUGGGUUUCGAAUUCGAUGCACUGACAAGAGAAGAAGGUAAGCUUCCAGAUGCCAAACCUGUGGCCGCACCCACACCUCAUAGAACUUUCUCCUGCAACUACUGCAUGAGGAAGUUCUUCAGCUCACAGGCCCUCGGUGGCCACCAGAAUGCCCACAAGAGGGAGAGGUGUGCAGCGAGGAAGUCACACAGCUUCCAGCAGCUCAUGGUUGGCCUCUAUCCAACUGCUUCCUUUCUUCAGCACAUGAGGGUUAAUCCGCACUCCACAAUUCUGAAGGGACAUGGUGAUUCUGCUGAUGUUGUCGUAGCAAAAUUCAAUGAAGGCCAGAUGAGUAGCUGGCUGCCUUUUGCAGUUGAAGAAGGUAGAGGGUCAGUUUGGCCUGGGAGCUUCAAAGCAAGUUCUCAGGAGCAGAAGAAGCACCAAGAAGAAAAUAUUGACUUGAGCCUGCGUUUAUAAAUUUGUAGUGUACAGAGAGUUCAUUAUAUAUAAGCAUUUUGUGGCAAAUCCAAUAUUUUUUUUUAUCAUUUUUCUCUGCUGAGGAAGUUUCAGUAGUGAACUACUCAUGCUUGCUGAAGAGAAACAAGUUUGAAGUUUGAACUACAGUUAAUCUUACAUAUAAUAUUUGAGAACCAUAAUA